AUGGACGACUACGCCGGCUCUGUUGGGGUUGAUUUGAACAAUGUUCAUAACAGUGAUUCAUCUGAUGCUGAAUGUAGUUAUGAUGAAGAUGUUAAUUAUGUUGGUUCCAGUGGCCAUCAAAGUUCAAAUGAUGAAGAUGAAUAUGAUAAUGACGACGGUGAGGAAUCGGUUGGAGCGGAAGUGACAAAUAGUGAUGCAGUUGUAGGUGAUAGAGUAGCGAGUGUAACUUUGAUUACUUUCGCUGAAAUUCGUGCUUUGGAAUUUGGAACUGUGAGUGAAGCUUAUGAAUUUUAUCAUAAUUAUGGAAAAUGUAAAGGUUUUUCUAUUAGGAAAAACGAUGUUAGGCAGAGAGGGCCAGGUAGUGAAAUAGUAGUAAUUAGGUAG